GGAAUGGACUUAUCCAAGAUGGAAACUAAUAUACCAGUAAGUUUUUGUGGAGAUAUAGCAUACAUCAAAUACCAACAUCCUGGUGGUGAUUCUCCAGAAGUCACAAGUUCAGUGAAAUCAUUUGUAAAAGAAGAUAUUUUACCACAUAGUAAUGUUGCUCGAAAGUCUUCAUCAGAAUUUGAAAGGGUUCCAUCAAAAGUAAGAAGAACAAGGUCUUCUCCAUCAUAUGGUAGACAUCCAAGACGUGGACCAUCACACAGAAGACGCCAACGCAUGGUAAAUGUUGUUGAAGAUGAAGGUCCAUUUGCAGACAGAAGCAUCCGCAGAACUUUCCUUUUGAAACUAUAUCUCAUGUUGGCAUUUCAACUGGGUUGCGCUGUUGGUAUAAUAUGUGUGUUCCUCUACUGGAAAUAUCUUAAAAUAUGGGUUCGGAGACGUCCAUGGUUUUGCUAUUCCCUCUUACCAGCAGUCUUGUUAGUGGUCAUUGCCUUAGCUUGCUGUGAUCAAGCCCGAAGAAGAUUUCCUUUGAAUAUAAUUUUAUUAGCACUAUUUACAAUCCUUAUGGGUACAUGGCUUGGAUCAAUUGCAGGCUUCUUCGAUGCAGAAACGGUGAUGUGGGCUGUUGGUGCUACUUCACUGGUGACAUUGGGACUGUGUAUUUUUGCUCUUCAGAGAAAAUGGGAACUUACCAUCACAUCUGGAAUAUUGCUAGUCUUGCCGCUUGUUGUGAUCAGUACUGGAGUUCUUUGUAUCAUCCUGCAAUCACAAUACCUGUUGGUUGACACACAACUAAUGCUGGGAAAGAAGCAUCAUUACCGCCUGAAUCCGGAUGAAUAUGUAUUUGCAGUACUGAAUGUCUACAUUGAUGUUCUCAAUAUGUUUUUAUUUAUAUUGAGAUUUGUUGGUUUCAUGAAGUGAGAAGCAUGCUGUAUAGAUUGAGUAAAGAAGACUGUACAAAAGUAACUUAAGAAAAAGUUUCAAGAGCACUGCCAAGGAGAAAAAAAAAUUAAAAUAUCAUGAAGCAG